CAGAACAAAGUCAACAAUGGAGUUCAAUGCUCAACUUUGUUUUCCAUAUUACAAAAAGAAAAAAAUAAGAAGCAAGUUCUCGGAUUAAUCCACAAAAGCAUUAUACAGAAAUUGCAGAUUGAGCUGUUGCUUGACUGUCUGCUCCAAAAUAAUAGUGAGAAACAAAGGCUCAUCUACAUUAUGAGGAUAGGACAGUAUAGUAUCUGAAAUGAAAGGAGGUCAUGGGAUUAAUACAGGAUAGGACAAUAUUGGUGUUGAAUUUUAGUAGCAGAGACUUUGAUGCAGCUUCCGCACAUCCACUUGGUAAUAAGAUAAGAAGCAAUAUAUAAAUCUGGGCAAGCUGGAACCACCAAACAAGCAAGUGGGAUUUUAAAAAUAAGCUUAUGUAUCAGCUUGAAAAAUUCAACCUGUUAAUUGGUAUGAAUUGAAUACUCAAACAAUGAAAACCAGCAACUCUCCAGUCAUUUAGCUCUUGUUUUCAGGCUGAGACUUGGGGGAGGAGUUGUUGAGCUAAAGAAGAUCAUGGCAGUGGUGUUGGCCUUUCUCCAAGCACUGUGCCAGAGGUUACAGUCCACCAUUGCAGCAAGUGAUCAGCUUCCACUUGGUGUUGUCAAGGAGCUACAGAGACUUCUCAAAGCCUUUCUAGCAAUUCAAGAAACUACACUUGAAGCUGUAGACUGCUCGGUUCUCAAAGAUCAAGAACCUGAAGUUGAUGCCAAUGGCAUGGAGGUGGUAGACCGGCGCUGCUGUCUUAUCUUCAACUGUGGCCAAGAACACCCUGCCACACAAACAGAGCUCAUCAUGAUCCAAGACAUCCGGAGGAGAGUACAAAAGUUAAUAAGAAAGAAGCCUUUUUCUCUUCAUCUUCAUCUACAACAAUCAAGCAGCCUCAUGAGUAAUGAAGUUGAAUCAAUAGAAGCCACAAAUCCAAACUCAGGAGAGUUUGUGAGAGAUGAAGAUAAAGAGAAGUUGGUCCAGUUGUUGAAAUCUGAUGAAUCUUCUCAGGUGUAUCUUUCUCUCGUAGCCAUUGUUGGCAGGGAGGGUGUAGGAAAGACAACUCUUGCACGGAUUGUCUAUAAUGAUGACAAGGAAGUGACAAGCUAUUUCAACCUUAAGCUGUGGGUUACACUUACAGCAUCCGAAAAUCUAUGACAGUGAGAGCCUAUCAGCAUCCAUUUUGUCUUCAGCUGAAAGUAGAACACAAGAAGAUUUUGAUGCUCAAUUGGUUUCAGGGCGGUUUCUGCUCAUCUUGGAUGAUGUGCAGAAUGAAAAGAUUGAAUGGGAGGCGGUGUGGGAGAAGUUGCAGCUUGCACAAGUUGGCAGCAA